AUGGCUACGAGAUCAGUCAUUAUCGGCGCACGAGACACGUUGAAACCUACGUUGCACAGCGAAGUAGCCUUGGAUGGUAGAGGAUCCCCAGGAACUGGUGGUGUGAUAACCCCGACAAGGGCUGCCAAGAAGUUUAGCGACAAGCUCACUUUCUACGAAAAGCGGGAGAUAGAAGGCUACCCUGAGGUGUACUAUGUUGGGCAAAACUGCAAGAGUAAGGUGAAGGCGCCAACGUCUGGCCCGAACGAUGGCUACGACACUGAUAACGGGGAGUACGUGAUCGUAGAGGGCGACCACAUCGCGUACCGCUACGAGAUUGUUGGCCACCUUGGCUCCGGUGCCUUUGGCCAAGUUGUGAAAGCCAUUGACCAUGCAACGGGAGAUUGCGUCGCAAUAAAGCUCAUCCGCAACAAAAAGAAGGUUGCAAAUCAAGCCAAGACAGAAAUACAGAUUUUGGAGCACAUUCACGACAAGGACCCACUUGGCAAGUACAAUGUUGUGCAGAUGUUUUCCAACUUCACGUUCCGCUCGCAUAUGUGCAUCGCGUACGAGCUGCUCGGCACCAACCUCUACGAUCACAUGGAGCAAACGCAGUUCUACCCCAUGGCCAUCGCCUCGGUGCGGAAAGUGGCCGCGCGCAUGUUAGUUGCGCUGACAUUUCUUUGGAAGGAGAACAUCAUCCAUUGCGACCUUAAACCGGAAAACAUUCUGUACAAGACCGAUGCCUCUAGCGACGUUGUAAAGGUAGCAGACUUGGGCUCCGCAUGCUACGACUCGAGUUGCGCGUACACCUACAUUCAAUCACGGUUCUACAGAGCCCCAGAGGUCAUUUUAGGGCUGCCGUAUGGACGGCCCAUCGACCUUUGGAGCUUUGGCUGCAUCCUGUGCGAGCUCGCCACGGGCUAUCCCCUCUUUCCAGGCGAGAAUGAGAAGGAUCAGCUUGCGUGCAUCAUGGAGUACCUUGGGAAGCCUCCUGGUAGCAUGAUCAUGGCCGCCAAAAAGAGACGGCUAUACUUUGAAGAUGACCUCGAGCCUAAAACCGUGCCGAACUCCAAGGGACGUCUGCAUACCCCAGGAACUAAGACGUUCUCCUCGUUCGUUGGCCUAGACUGCGAUGAUGAAUUCAUUAGCUUUCUCGAUCAAUUCUUGCGCUGGGACCCUGACGACCGCGUGCCGCCUAGACAGGCCAUGCGCCAUCCAUGGAUCGAGGAUGAGUUUGUCUUCACAGUGAACGAGGUGGCAGUGGCGGGUGGGGCGCAAAAGACAGCGACCAAGGUCGCAGAGCCGGCGCCUGCAGUCGAUCAUUCCGUGAGGGGAGUGACCGACACAAAGAGCGUGGGCACAAAGGACUUCUUGAAGACGAGUGGGGGACUGAGCUCACCAAAGCGUUGCCGUCUGGCGAUGCUCACAUUUGAUGCUGGAAACGGAGAUUCUGCGAAGAACAAUGCCGGUGAGUCUCGCGAUGGCCUUGAGGACUCUGGGUUCUCAGAGAAUGCCCGCUCUCUUGUUGUGGCGGAUCACCACAGCGUCAGCAUCUCCGUGCCCCCUAGCGUGCGGCAAGCUAAGCUGUCGAAUUCGCUGAGUCAGUCCGGCGGAGGCGAGGGUGGUGGUGGCGCGAAACUCACCAAAGACGCGCAGAUAGGUGGGGCGAGCGGUGCAGCGCCGAACAAACCAGUCAUCCACCUGUCCCAGGCGGCCCUUGCGAACGGGAACGCGAGCACAGCGACAAAAAAGUCCAAUGCCCCUCUUUGGGGCCGAGUCCCCCUCCGCAAGUCUGUCACCGAAGCAACGACGGACAAGCAUACCCCAAAACACGGCGUCAACGGCAGGCGUGCAGCCCAGAGCCCCCAUGCCUGCUGUCGCGCUCGACCCGUCUGCGUUAAAGCCCAAGGCGGUGUGCAACUUUCAGCCACCGGCUGGCCAAGCACGGCAGCUGAGCAGCGUCAACCAUGCGGCACCAGCUCGCCCGGUGCGUGGAAACAAUCAUGCUGUGGCGGGCACCCGUGUAAACCAGCAGUCAGACAAUGA